AGUAGGCAGAUCCUGUAGCGGCUCCAAGAGAUUUGUUAAAUCAUGAGUCCGCCGAGUGCCUUACAUUGACAUGAGAUGUUGUGUUCACGACCUCAGACCGAGUGUAAUAUUGUCCAAUGGAAAUCAUGGCUUCAUCCACGCAAAAUGCCAACGCCAAAGCUGUGUCUGACUUCUCGUCAGCUUACCAUCAUUGACGGAUUAUGGCAAUUUGGCUAGUUGACUCUUACAAUUGAUAUCGCUAAUAAUGUAGGAACUAUCUUCUUACGAAACAAAAAGGUAACAAUUGCACAUGGGUCCUUCUUCCGGAAGCCCGAAUUGUCAACUUAAUUCCGACACAACCGUUGGCCGAGGUCAACAGGAAAGCCGGAGUCCCAAACAGUUUGCAGGUCAGUCUUAUAAAGGUACGUCGCCGGUGCGCAAUUAGGUGAUUUACGAGUAGUGAAUAGAGAACUGAUAAAAUGUCGUUGCAGCUUGAACAACCAACUUCUAGAUACGCUCCCGAGCUGGAGCUUGCGCACCCCGCAGGAACAUCCCCAAAAUUAACAUCAACCCCACCAUCGAGCUCGACCUUUACGCUUUCUUUCAACCUCUUUCCAAGUUCACAACCUUCAUCACCGACCUCCUCAAUCUUCUCCUCCAGUUCCCAAGAUACCAUGUCGACUUUCAGUUCAAUGCCAGGCCUGGCGCGUGAAAACACGGCAGAAGUGGCUGAGCGAGAUUACUUUACGGAAAAUCCUCCGCCAGCCACACUCGAGAAGCAUACAUCUCUUGCGCGAGAAUUUAUCAAUUGCCACGCCGCUGCUGGCAGACGUGUGGUUUUAGUGACAUCGGGAGGAACGACAGUACCACUAGAGAGACAGACGGUGCGAUUCAUAGACAAUAUUAGUGCAGGAACGCGUGGGGCUACAUCCGCGGAAUAUUUUCUGGAAUCAGGCUACGCGGUUAUUUUCCUCCACCGCCAAUUCAGUCUUCAACCAUAUUCGCGCCAUUAUAGUCAUGCUACGGAUUGUUUUCUCGAUUUUCUGCACGAAGGACCAGAUGGGAGUGUGGUUGCGAACGAUGAAUAUCGCGAGAAGAUGUUGAAGGUUCUCAGACAGUACAAUGCGGCCAAAUCGAAGAAUCUACUUUUGACAUUACCUUUCACGACAAUCACCGAUUAUUUGUUCGUCCUUCGGGCUAUUGCGCAACUUAUGCGUCCGCUAGGUCCUCGCGGGCUGCUAUAUUUGGCUGCGGCUGUGUCGGAUUUUUUCGUGCCUCCGGAACGUAUGGUGGAGCACAAAAUACAAUCUACAAAUGCAACUGAUACAAAUACACCUGCGAAGGGAAGUGAAGAGCAAGAGAAUGGAGAAGACGAGGAAGCGUUCGAUAACUUUGACUCCUCUCCAGCGGUACCACGAAGCAAACGUCUGAUAGUUGAUUUAGACCCCGUACCUAAAUUUCUCAAGAAUCUUGUGGAUGGUUGGGCCCCUGAAGGCAUGAUUGUUUCUUUCAAGCUUGAGACUGACCCCGCGAUUUUGGUUCACAAGGCAAAAUAUUCCUUGGAUCGUUACCAGCAUCAUUUGGUCAUUGGGAAUCUACUUGCUACUAGGAAAUGGGAGGUGGUUUUUGUAGCGCCGGGCAGCGAAGAUCAAUGGAUUAGAGUGCCGAGGAGCAAGAGGAAGAGAACAAUCAGCGGGGUGGAAGAUCUAGUAGGUGCAGCAGCGAGGGGAGGGGAGCCUGGUAAUGAGCCUCUGGAUCCAAAUGAGUUACCUGAUGGAGAACCGGAGGUUGAGAUUGAGAGUUUGAUUAUUCCAGCCGUCGAAGCAUUACACACAUCUCAUAUCAACGCCCCGAAGAAACGGGAGAGGUGAAGAGGGGGUUUGUUUGUAAACAAAACCACAAACUCAUACAUAUUCUGAAUGCCGUCCGGCAUCCGAUCUGACGAUGCAGGGGAAAAUGCUGGCCACGUCCAUUUGAUGUAACCCCAUGGGCUUGAUAUACCCUGCUGCAGGAAGCACCCACAUUGGAUAUGGUAACAGCCGAACUUGCAAUCAAAGGAUCUGUUUGCUGCCCACUUGCAUACUCCAAUAGGACAAAAUGACACACUCUACCCAUUUAAGCCUGAAGAUCUACAUGUAUACUUGAAUAUUCCUUCAUAUUUGAAGGGCGUCCUUGUAGAAAUAUAAGUAAUUGAUAUCA